UAUGUAGCUCUGGGUUUGAGUGAGCUAGUGCAAGUGUUGACUCGGACUCUAUGAAAUACAGUAAAAGUUGCAAACCGGUUGAUGAUCAAAAUACUUCAAAUAUAUUGGCUCUAACGUUGUUAAAAUCAAUAGUGUGUAACAAAACGACAGAAUUUAAAGGUACAGGUAACUAUAGGGACUUCUUGAUAUUUCAGUCAACUCACUACUGAAACUCACCUGUUUUAGCGGGGAUUCAAAUAAUGAUGCAUAAAUGAUAAAACUAGUCCGAAAAAUAAUUGGCUUUUUUCAGUCAUUGAAACACAAGCAAUAGAUACCACGGAUGAAAUCGUGUUUUUGACAUUUCCAGUGUUAAGGAUAUAUAUUAAUACGUUGCAGUAACAUCGAUUGUUUUGUCAUCUCACGGAUAUACAUACACUGCACCCAGACAGAGUUCAGCAUUCGCCAAACUCCUCCAGAUGUGGUACAACCAAACUGCUUUCUGAUGUAUAAAACGACUACUAAAAUGGCAAGGAAGCAGACCCUGGUGCUUGUGAUGAUAGUGAUUAUUAACUGCGACGCCAGUGUACAAGAUAGCUACUCAAAGUUACAAUAUGGACACAGACUGGAUAAGAAGACAAUAACCUCUUUUGUUGACUUCAGUAUUUUAGACUGUGCUGAGGAGUGCUUGAGAACAACACGAUGUAGAUCCGUUAGUUAUUACAAAGGAGCACAUUUCUGUGAAAUAAACUAUGAGAACAGAUCUUCAGCUCGUGACAGAUUUGUGGAAAGUUCGGGGUGGAUCUACAGUGAAAAGGAAUAUUGGGAUAUUGGUAGGGUGUAUUCUUGUUCGGCAUCCAAUAGUUCCAUCAAUGAAAAAUGCAAACCCUUACCAAUGGGCAGGUUUGAAUGUGUUGUGUCAGAUUGCGGCAUUCCAUCCCAUAGGGGAGUGAAUAUGAGCAGCGUCGGCAGAUGGGAUGGGAUUGGAAUUCAAAGAUUCAUGAAACUUGACUGUUGCCAAAACUACAUUCAGUCUGGUUCACGGAUGUUUGUUUGCGCACCAAACGGACAAUGGAAAACGGACUUGAAAUGUGUUAUUGAUCACUGUGCUUCUUCUCCCUGUAAAAAUGGCGGAAAUUGUACAUCCAAUUCAACAACGUUCUCAUGUCAGUGUGCAGAUGGCUUUUUCGAAAACACAUGUGAAGGUUGUGAAAAGGACUGGUUGGAAUACAAAGGCCAUUGUUACUUUCAUGGUACCACAGAACUCACCUGGAGAGAAACGCUGAUGGAAUGUGAAACCAGAUCGUCCAAAUUAGUAGAGAUUGAGGAUAAAGAAGAAUCUAUAUGGCUUGCUAAAGAAUUUCUUGACAAAGCUACAUGUACCAAUUAUGUUUAUUCUGACUGCAAGGCUUGGACGGGUGGAAAUGAUAUUUUGGUAGAUGGCGAUUAUAAGUGGCACCACUCCAGCUCGACCAUGGACUUCGAAAACUGGAAUCAAAAUCAACCGAAUGGGAACCAUAAUGGUGAAGACCAGGACUGUGUCGAGUUGCUAAAAAAUGAUGAAUGGAAUGAUGAAAACUGCAAUACACGGAAUUCGUUCAUUUGUGAAAAAACAAAGACAUAGAUACCAAUACGAAUGACGUAAUACCACUUAUUUACGUUGAGCUAUAUUUAAUCGUAGUCAAUAUAAAGGCGAAACAAGGUAUGAUUAUAAUCUGCCGAUUAUAAAGUCUCCUAAACGAAGUACUGGCUGUAUAAAAGUGGGCUUUCUCUGGGUACUGCUAUUUUCCCUCACAUUCCUCACAUUUCUUCACCUUUCAUUAAUAACUCACCUGCGCAUAAUUCAUAUCAAUUAUCAUUUCAUUUAGAAUUUAGACUACAGAUACCUUGAUUUUGAAAUUUUCAAAAAAAAAUCCCUCUCCAUCCUUUAGUGAAACUGACAUCACUUGACCUUGAUCCUAGUUUGUAGGUCCCAACAAGCUCUGAUAAAUUAUGAAAAUAUCAUGCCUCUAUGUUUUUAAAUCAGCUUUGAAUUUGUGAUUUUUCAAAGAAAUAAUACAAUGUACAUACGUAAUGCUCUUACAGUACAGCUCUUACAGUGCUGUUACAAUUUUGUUUACAAAACAAAAAAACUUCAGCUGAUAUUUGAACUGUAGUUUGUUGUUAUACGUGUAUCCUCUCUGUAUGUUUAAUUAUUCGUAUGGAUUGUUGUAAAUUGUUUUAUAUGUUAUUAUGGUAAUCAUAUCAUUACUAUAGGCACUAUAUAUUGAUAAUAAUAAUUUUGCAUUUCAAUUCUGACACUUUAAUCACAUGUAUGUGCACAUCGAUUUUAUAUCAUCUUUUUUCUCACAUUUGUAAAGCGGUUUAGAGAACUAAUGUUGAUAGGGCGCUAUAUAAAUCUUUUAAUUACAAUUACAAUCAGUCCCAGUAUGAAAGAAAACUAAGUUAUUGUAUUGCUUUCAUCAUUUUCAACACAAAUACAUAUACACCUUUUACUCACACUCUCAUACAGAUUAAAGAAAGCGAUAUAGAAAAUUACAUAUAUAUUCUAGUAUUUAUUGUUGAAAAAAGACACACUUUUAUCAGCAUUUGAAACGAAAUUUCGAAGUUAGACUAUUUCGUUUUGUAACUUUACCCUCUAAAAUGUAGAAAUUAUAUAAACAUUUCAAUAUAUCAUCAAAAACAAUAUUGACACUAUUUCUUGGAUGUUGUAAUAUGUAUCGCUUCACUAAGAGGAAUAUAAAGUUUAAAACCAUGUGUUCUUUUUCUGGAAAACCAAAAAUAACAGUUUGUACAUUAAAUCCCCUUAUCUGACCAGAUUUGUGAAAAAUCCAAGCGGAUAAUUUUGUCCACAGUGGAGAGAGAGAGAGAGAGAGAGAGAGAGAGAGAGAGAGAAGGACAAUACAAAUGAUAUGCUUAAUUGUUUCUAGUUCUAGUGCACAUAAUGAACAAAGUGGAGAGUUCUUAUUUUUUGACAUAUGUAGGAGUUUGUUAAUACCUAAUAUUCCAAGAAUAAUUAUAUAGUUGAACCAUACCAGUCCUUCUUUUUUUUGUCACUGAUUUGAUGUUUGUAUAUAUAUGUUUCCAAUUUAAAUGUAAUUGAAAAUCUAAACGAUUAACCCAUUUGUUUUCGCAAACAGGUCGAUGCUGUGAUUUUGACAUUAAAUAGUCAUAGAUAUUCUU